AUGCUGUUGGCUGGUGAUCUCUUCGCGUUAGACGAUGCCGUUGUUGUUCGGGACUUCUCCAAAUGCUUCGAUAAAAUCUACAGUAUCAUAUCUUCUCCGGAUUACGUGAUCAACGACAAUGAUCAGAGUGUGGUGGAAAUAUUCAUCACACGGAUCGCCUAUGCCAUCAGGGACUUGAAAGUCGUGGAACAGCAUGCCAACUCUCUCGUAUCUCUUCUGGAAUGCUGUUUAUGUCAUGAUCUGAAGCCGAGCGCAAGAGGAGAAGAUCCGCCUCAUGCGAAGAUUGCUUCAGAAAUUAUUUCUUGCCUCUUCCUGAACUACCACAGAAAGGAAGUAAUGCGAUUAGCUCUUCCUGUCGCUGUGAAAUUUUUGCACAAAGGGAACAAAGAGUUAUCGAGGAAUAUGUCCAAGUAUCUUUCUUUGGCUGCUGUUCAUAAUGCGGACUUACUAGCGCAAAGCUGUGUUCAACCUAUCAUUGACUCUGUGAUUGCUGGUGAACUAUCGUGA